CCGCCUUCUAGAAUGAUUAGGUGAGAGAUUAGUCAUAUUACGAGGGCCUUGUGGUGUCAGCACUGACUGCUCAGCGAACAUCGCCAGAUAUAUUGAACUGUUGAAUAUUGUAGUUGUAUUGCAUAUUAAUACUGUAUAUCUACUCAGCUCUGACCGAUUUUGUUCAGGCAUCAGUUGAAAACUGUCUAGUACUCAUUGUCCAUCUGACACUUCACCACCUCUGUUGACUCUUCACGAGCCUCUGCACGCGUUCGCCCAGGUGAUCUAGUGAUCCAGCGCGCUCUUGCUGCUCCUCGCUGCACAUUGCAUCGCGAUCUUCACUGCACCCUCAACAGCAUCACUACACCUCAGCAGCAUCACUACACACAGCACCACCAUGGCGCAACCAUCGCUCACCAAACGCUCCUCGUUCUCGAUCCUCACACAGCCCCCCGUAGGCAUGCCGCGAUCCUCUGGACCCGCGUCAGCCUCCGCGAUUCCCUCCUCCGCCAGCGUCUCUGGCUCUGGUCUUCUUGCUUCUGCCAUGAGCAACAGCAGUAGUGGUGGCUCUCGACAGACAACUGCCUCUGCUACCCCUCGUCGCGGCGCUUACUUUGAAUCGCAUUGGCCUCUUUAUGCCGUCGAUUGGUCCACCAGCGCCUUCCAGCGUGGACCAGGGCGCAUUGCAGUCGCGACAUGCACAGAGGACUCAAAUAAUAGAAUACAAAUCCUCCAGCCAACACCGGUAGCAGAAACCCAAGCCAACGGCCAGCAGAUCCCGUCGCUGGAGCUUAACAAAACCGCCGAGUCCGCAGUCGUGUACCCCUGCACCCGCGUACGAUGGGACCCAUUUGCGGGCCGCGCGAUGGGCGGAAACAUAGAGCGACUGGCGACCGCGGGUGAUUUCUUGCGGAUAUGGGAAUAUAACCCCGAGACAAUGACGCUGCGGCAGAGUUCGCUGUUGGCCAACAAAACGAAAUCUGAUUACACUGCCCCUCUGACAAGUCUGGACUGGAACGCGACCGACAACUCACUGGUGAUCACGUCUUCGAUCGAUACGACGUGCACGAUCUGGGAUCUCAACACAUCCACAGCAAAGACACAACUUAUUGCGCACGACAAAGAAGUGUUUGACGCCCGGUUCACGACCGGGAGCGCGGACGUGUUUGCCUCGGUCGGCGCCGACGGCUCAGUGCGAGUGUUUGACCUGCGCAGUCUCGAGCACUCGACCAUCAUCUACGAACCGGUGAACCCACCACCACUGCUGCGCAUCAGCACAAACAGCCGAGACCCAAACAUGCUCGCCACAUUCUCGAUCGACUCUAACGUCGUUCAUGUGCUCGACAUCCGCUCACCUGGCACUCCGGUCAUCGAGCUGGACGCGCACAUGGGCAACAUCAACGCCGUGGAGUGGGCGCCCAAGCAGCGCAACGCUAUCGCGACGUGCUCGGACGACUGCCAGGUGCUGGUCUGGGACGUGUCGUCGAACCGGCCUGAUAUCGCGUUCGCGUAUACCGAGAACGCGGAGGUGAAUAAUCUGACGUGGAGUGCGAACGGGGAGUGGAUCGGGGCGAUCGCAGGCCGUGGACUGCAGGCCGUGAGGAUGGGAUACAAGUAGACAACAUUGUCCUCGUAAAAACUACAGCUGUUUUAUUUAGUUCAGAGCGUUUUGGGAUGUUAUCUAAUGAUUUAUUAAUGAAUGUAUUUGUGGUUAACAGU